UUCUGCGCAGGCGCGGCGCUGUCUGCGCAGGCCCAGUGGCCGAGCGGCGCCGGGGGACCUGUCAGUCCGUCCUCACCCAGCCCCACCCUGCUGAGCCCCGCCUGCUCUCCUUCGCGGCGGAGGCUGCUGCCUGCGGGAAAACUGGAGGAUGAGCUGAAUCUCCGCAGUUGUUAAACGUGUCUCCAGCGCUAACCACAAGGGUGUGGUGUCUUCCUGAAGAACAUUGCACUUUAAAAGGAAAGAUGCUGUCUCCAAAUGAUAAAAAGUUAGAAAAGCUGGAUCCGUUUUACCGACCUUCACUGUCCAAGCAGAAGACCAGUGCAGAAAUCAUAAGUGAAGCACGAAAUGCCUUACGAACUGUUGGGACCCAAAGACCAUUUACACCACGGGAAGACCUAAGAAAACUAUUUGGGCCUGCAUCUUCAAGAACACCAGAAAACAGACCUCCAUCCUCCUUCAGCGUCCAUGCAUCCAGUUUUGAGUUCUCUGAUUCCAGGCCCAUCUCUGGCACACGUCUCAGUCCACUGGAGCUUAAACCAAAAGCUCCAGCAUCUCCUGCCACAGUGGAAGAUUUCUGCCAUUCCUUUCCUAAACCCCCAGUGGACCCCGCGAAGAUUAGAAGGAUAAGCAGUGCCCGGGCGCGUUUAUUCAGGGCGGCCUCUCAGGGGGCUCUUCUGCCAGCCAGGACCCUUCUUCCCACUCAGUCAAAGAGAGUGGAAUCCGAAGAAACAGUUACGACAAGGGACUCUGUGGUGAAAAUAAAUGGGAUUUACUUAACAGAAUCAAAGGCCAUUGGCCACUUAAAGAGUCACCCACUUCAGCUAACAUAUGAUGGAGACUUCAGUAAAAUCACGGAGCAAGAAAUGUUUAAAGGGGCAACGUCCUUGCCAUUUCAUCUCAGAAGUGGAGGAGACCAGGGGAAGAGGCGUCCGAGGGCCUCCUCGAGCUCCCGCAGCCCCGACCGGCGCAGGCUGGACAUCAGAGCAGGCUCAAAAGCCGACUUGCAAGAAAAGAAUACAGAAAUAGAAGUAGAUGAAGUAUUUUGGAAUACAAGGAUUGUACCCAUUUUGCAUGACUUAGAAAAAGAAGAAAACAUUGAAAUGGUCUGUGCUGCUUGCACACAACUUCAUCAUACUUUAGAGGAAGGAAACAUGCUUGGAAAUAAAUUUAAGAGAAGAAGUAUUCUCCUGAAGACCCUAUAUAAACUAGUUGAUGUUGGCUCGGACUUGCUGAGCCUUAAACUUGCAAAAAUUAUUCUAGCACUUAAAGUGAGUGGAAAGAAUCUUCUUAAUGUUUGCAAACUUAUAUUUAAAAUUAGCAGAAGUGAGAAGAAUGAUUCUCUGAUUCGAAAUGACAGCAUUCUGGAAUCAUUAUUGGAGGUCCUGAGAAGUGAAGACCUGCAAGCUAACACCGAAGCUUUCCUGUACUGCAUGGGGACCAUCAAAUUCAUUUCUGGAAAUUCAGAAUUUCUUCAUGAAAUGAUCAGCAAAGGUGCCGUUGAAAUAUUGAUGAAUCUGAUAAAGCAAGUAAACGAGAACACCAGGAAAUCUGGGACAUGUUUGCCUAAUUCAGGCCACUUGUUAGUCCAAGUGACUGCUACACUGAGAAACUUGGUUGAUUCACCACUAGCAAGAAGUAAGUUGCUAAGCAUCAAUGCCCUUCCCCAGCUCUGCACAGUAAUGGAACAGUACAUAGGUGACAAGGAUGUCUGUACCAACAUUGCCAGAAUAUUCAGCAAACUUACUUCUUACCAUGACUGCUGUGUAGCCUUGGCCAGCUAUUCAAGAUGUUAUGCCUUGUUUUUGGAUCUGAUAAACAAAUACCAGAAGAAGCAGGAUUUAGUUGUUCGCAUUGUUUUUAUUCUCGGCAACCUGACAGCGAAAAACAACCAGGCUCGCGAGCAGUUUUCCAAGGAGAAAGGGAGCAUCCCAACUCUGCUGUCUUUAUUCCACACGUUCUACAAACUGGAUCUGCAUUCUGGGAAGCGCUGGGGGGAAGGAGAUGAGCGUCCCAAGGCACCGAGGCCGGCCCAGGCCGAGGACGUGCUCAUCAAACUGACCCGUGUGCUCGCCAACCUGGCCAUCCACCCUGGCGUGGGCCCGGCCAUCGCCGCCCACUCGCACAUCGUCGGCCUUCUCCUCGCCACACUGGAAUCCAAGUCAAUUGAUGAUUGUGAGGAGCUGGUGAUCAACACUACGGCAACUAUCAACAACUUAUCUUACUACAAAGUGAAGAAUUCCAUAAUUCAAGACAGAAAACUAUAUAUUGCUGAAUUGCUCUUAAAGCUCCUCAUGAGUAACAACAUGGAUGGAAUCCUAGAGGCUGUGCGUGUUUUUGGAAAUCUCUCCCAGGACCAUGACAUCUGCGAUUUCAUAGUGCAAAAAAAUGUCCACAAGUUCAUGAUUGCUCUGCUGGAUGCUAAGCAUCAGGAUAUUUGCUUUUCUGCCUGUGGUGUUCUCCUAAACCUCACCGUGGAUAGAGACAAGCGAGUCAUCCUAAAAGAAGGAGGUGGCAUUAAAAAGUUAGUGGAUUGUUUAAGAGAUUUUGGGCCUACUGAUUGGCAGCUCGCCUGCUUGGUUUGCAAAACGCUAUGGAACUUCAGUGAAAACAUCACCAAUGCUUCAUCCUGUUUUGGAGAUGAGGCUGCCAACACACUCUUAGCCCUGCUGUCGUCAUUUUUAGAUGAAGAACUAGCAUUGAAUGGGAGUUUUGACCAAGACCUAAAAAACUAUCACAAACUCCACUGGGAAACAGAAUUCAGACCGGUGGCACAGCAGCUUCUAAACCGAAUUAAGAAUCAUCACACCUUCCUGGAACCUCUGCCUAUUCCUUCUUUCUAACAUGAUGCAGAUUAACAACAGAAACAGGAAGUCAGGUCUCCAUCAUUCUUAAGAAGUGGUAACAAGCAUGAACUUUUUUUUUUUUCAAUAUUAACAAAUAUUCAAAGUUUUUCAGUUACUUAUUUUAGUGAGUAGUCUUAGUGUAUUAAAAGAAAUAAGCAUUUCUUCUUGUGGUAGGUAUUGUGGAAAAAUGAAUAUACAUGUUGUGCUUCCAACUAUGAGAAAUUUAAGAUGAAAAUAUAUUCAUGGUAUUUCUAAGUAAAUGACUUUUUAUUCUAUUCUCUAUUGAAUAAUUUAGUUCUAGUCUUAAAAUCCUGAUGUCACAAUUCUAGAAUUUAAUUGCUUGUCAGUUCAGUCAAUGAACUGUGCAAUGAAGACAGUUAGAUUUUAUGUACAGAAAGAAUAGUGGUCAACACUAUUAGGAAUACAUUACGACAUAAGCAUCCGCACUGAUCCUUACAGCUUUUAAUAAUAGUCUUCUGGUUAGGUACCACUAUUUUUCUGGUUGUCAUACUGAGAGGAGGGGGAGGCAGAAAAAUUUAGAGAAGACUGCUUUGGGCCAUCCACUCUUUAUUAAAUAAGUAAAAUAGAUGAAAGAGUAUUUUCCCUUUUUAUUUUUAUUUGAAAUAAACUGAAUAGACCAGACAAUUCUACUUAUAACUCUUUGUGACUAUAGAGGUGAUCCAAUAUACUAGAAAUACAUGGCAGAUCUCAGUUUGAAUCCUAGUUCUCCCCUGCCUAGGUUUUGGGCAACUAACUAAAUAUUUUUAGCUUAAGUGUACAAUGUAAUCAUGUAGUUUAGGAACAAGCAAGCAAAAGUGGGCAAAUUGUCCAGUAUGCUGACUGAUGUGUAGUAGGUACUCAAUAAAUUAUGGUUUUCCACCCUUCAUAGGAUAAGAUUGGUCUUUGAAUAAAUGAUCAACACCAAAGAAAUUGAGAUAACCAUUGCUAUCCUAUAUUAGCCAAAGAAAGAUUCAGAAUAAAAGUAGAUUUGAUACUCUGCUCUGUAGGGUUAGAGAUGAACCAUUAAUAACAUAAACACUCAUCUCUUACCCUAACAAAAUACCAAGACUAAUGAGUUAAAGGCAGGCUUUUAACAGACUAGAUAGUCUUAUAAGUCUAUUAGAAAAACCCUAAAUUUCCAGAAACAAAUAGACUUUCCAAGGGCUCCUCUAGUUUGGGGCUCAUCCCAGGUUGGGGCUCAGCAAAAUCAUCUAGAGACACUCACUGUAGUCUGUCAUCCAUGCAUCUAUGCUAGGAGAUUCACUCUAACAGUUGAAAUCUUUUUAAAAAAAAAUAUUUAUUUGGCUGCACUGGGUUUUAGUUGUGGCAUGUGGGAUCCAGCUCCCCCAUCAGGGAUCAAACAAACCCAUGUCCCCUGCAUUGGGAGUGUGGAGUCCUAAUCACUGGACCGGCUGGGAAGUCCCUGGAAACAGUUUAAAAAGUCUGAUAGGCUAAUCUCUCAAAAACAUUUGAAGAUCUAAGUAUUUUUACCCAUAGCAGGCUAUAUAUUUUACUUUCAGUGAAAAAGAUAAAACUCUCUUCCCCCUAAAAGAGCCCCCUCAGUAUUUAUAAUUAAUAUAAUAACUCAAAGUAGAAUACCAUUAUAUUUGUUCUUCAUAUUAACCUCCUCUCCCUCAGACUCAUGUGCAAGCUGAACCAUGUGGAACUAUCUCAGUUCAUUUCAAUUGCUCAGUUCUGUCCAACUGUUUGCAACCCUAUGGACUGCAGCACGCCAGGCUUCCCUGUCCAUCAUCAGCUCCCAGAGCCUGAUCAAACUUAUGUCCAUUGAGUCAGUGACGCCAUCCAACUAUCUCAUCCUCUGUAGUCCUCUUCUCCUCCUGCCUUCAGUCUUUCCCAGCAUCAGGGUCUUUUCCAGUGAAUCAGUUCUUUGCAUCAGAUGGCCAAAGUAUUGGAGUUUCAGUUUCAGCAUCAGUUCUUCCAAUGAAUAUUCAGGACUGAUUUCCUUUAGGAUUAAUUGGUUUGAUCUCCUUGCUGUCCAAGGGACUCUCAAGAGUCUUCUCCAACACCAAAAACCAUAGCUUUGACUAGACAGACCUUUGUUGGGAAAGUAAUGCAGUCACCAUCUGCAGUGAUUUUGGAGCCCAAGAAAAUAAAGUCUCUCACUGUUUCCAUUGUUUCCCCUUCUAUUGGCCAUGAAGUGAUGGGACCGGAUGCCAUGAUCUUAGUUUUUUGAAUGUUGAGUUUUAAGCCUACUUUUUCACUCUCCUCUUUAGUUCUUCUUUGCUUUCUGCCAUAAGGGUGCUGUCAUCUGCGUGUCUGAGGUUAUUGAUAUUUCUGUUUCUUGAUUGAGAUCUUGAUUCAAUCUUGAUUCCAGCUUGUGCUUCAUCCAGCUCGGCAUCUCACAUAAUGUACUCUGCAUAGAAGUUAAUCAGGAUGACAAUAUACAGCCUUGAUGUACUCCUUUCCCGAUGUGGAACCAGUCUGUUGUUCCAUGUCUAGUUCUAACUGUUGCUUCUUGACCUGUCUACAGAUUUCUCAGGAGGCAGGUCAGGUGGUCUGGUAUUCCCAUCUCUUGAAGAAUUUUUAAAGUUUGUUGUGAUCCACACAGUCAAACGCUUUGGUGUAGUCAAAAAAGCAGAAGUAGAUAUUUUCCUGGAACUCUCUUGCUUUUUUGAUGAUCCAGUGGAUUUUGGCAAUUUGAUCUCUGGUUCUUCUGCCUAUCUGCCUACUUUAUUAUUGGAACUAUCUGCCUACCUUAAAAAUUACAGUUAGAAAAUUUACCAUCUUAACCAUUUUUAAAUGUUGUAGUGGUGUUAAGCUUACUCACAUUUGUCUGUAAAGUUCUUCCUUCGCAGAACUUUUUCUGCAGAAUUUUUCAUCUUGCAAAACUGAAACUCUGUGUCCAUUAAACAACUCCUUCUUUCCUCCUCUUUCCAGCCCCUAGCAACCACCAUCCUACUUUGUUUCCAUGAAUUUGAUUUGAUUAGUUUAGAUCCCUCAUACAGCAUUUGUCAUUUUGUGACUGAUUUAUUUUGCUUAGCAUAAUGUCUUCAAAGUUCAUCCAUGUUGUGGUGUAUGAUGGGAUUUCCUUCCUUUUAAGGCUCAAUAAUAUUUUCUUGUAUGUUUAUAUCAUAUUUUUUCAUCCGUUAACUCAUCAGGACAUUUGGGUUGCUUCUGUCUCGUGCCUAUUGUGAAUAAUGCUACUAUGAACAUGAAUGUAUAAAUUACCUCUUCAAGGUCCUGCUUUCAGUUCCUUUUGAUCUAUACCCAGAAACGGAAUUAUUGGGUGAUAUAGUAGUUCUACUGUUAACUUUUUGAGGAAUGUCUGUAUUAAUUUCUGCAGAGGCUACCUCAUUUCACAUCACCAACAGUGCACAACGGUUCCCAUUCUUUUUUUUUUCCCCCAUUUAUUUUUAUUAGUUGGAGGGUAAUUACUUUACAAUAUUGUAGUGGUUUUUGCCAUACAUUGACAUGAAUCAGCCAUGGAUUUACAU